UCGUCCAAGGUCUUGCAUGUUGCACUGUAAUUAAGUAUGUGAUGCGCAAACGGCAAAACCGCUUUUUUCCUUUUAGUACUUAAUGGUUUUCUGUUUAAAAAAGAUUAUACUGAGAAAUUGAUGAUGGAGUUUUCUGGGUUAAUUCAUGAUCAGCAGCUAAGAAAUGUUACUUCACUUUCUAUUAAUAAUGUGCGAAAGGAAGUCUGGGUGGGAUGUAAAGAUGGCACUGUGAAAGGAUAUGACCUUAACACGAAAAAGCUGAAAUUCCGAUCGAGGGAACAUAGUGGUGUUGUGGUCCAAAUUCUGUGUUGGCACUCACAGCGCCUGAUGAUUACCAUAGGCAUCGACGGAGCUGUAAUCUUUUGGAGUGCGGGAGCGUUGGCGACGGAUAAAGUGUUUCUCGGGGAACCGCUGUACAACGCCGUGAUCUACGCCAAAAAGCACCUGGUACUCGGUACGAAAUGCGGGUGUAAAUAUUUUUUACUGGACUCUCAUCGGUUCACCGGCCAUUAUCUCCGCACGGAUCGCGUAAAAAUUGUCAACACACACAAAGAAAUGGUGCGCUCGUUAGCGGCUGUGGAAGGGCGGCUUUAUUCGGGGAGCGCCGACGGAGCCUUUACGAUAUACGAGCAAGCCGUGCACUUGAUGUCCGAACUACACCCGACCCAUUCCAUUCGUCAUGCUCACGCCGCCGGCAUCAGCUGCAUCGAGCCCUGUCGGAAUGCGGAGGAAGACGACUGGUUGGUGGCCACCGGAUCCUACGAUCAGCAUAUUAAAGUGUGGACCAACGAAGGCCAGUUGGUCCACGUUAUCAGCAUAUGCGAGAACACCAUCAAUAAUCUGGUUUACAUCGGCGUUGCGCGACAACUGUGGGUGGCGUAUGGAGGGCGUCUGAUAACCAUUGUGGAUCCGAAAACCGGCGAGGAUCUCUCCGAAUGGAUGGCCGCCUGGCAGAAACUGGAUGAAACGGUCAAACGGUGUAAAAUCAAGAGUCCUGUGGAGUAUCUGUACUACUCGCGGGAAUUAGAGGGGGUGGUCGCUCUCACGGACAUGCAUUACAUUUUGCACUGGACUUUCAAUGUUCGGGGUGCAGUGCUCUGCAUUUCCUGUCCAUCGGCUAUGGAGAGCAUCGCCUUUACGGCCAGCGAACCGCUGCUGUUCUUUACCGGUGAUUCACAAGGACAUGUGCUUGUAUGGGAGAGUGCCGGUUUUAAUACCGUGAAGUUUGCCCACGAGUCAUUAGUAAUGCAGAAAAGUCUGCGGGAAACGCCGGUCGAAUGGCAACGGUUGGUUGAGCCUAAGGAUGUUGUUGAAGCUAACAUGGCGCUACGUCUACAAGUCACACCAUCGACGUUUAUUCACACAAAAUUCUAUCCUGGUAGAAAGACGGAUGAGCGUGAAUUAGCGCUACCGAUGGCUAAUGACAGCCCCAAGCAAAAAAUGCUUUGGAUCGAAGAGCUUGAUCUGUUAGCUGUUGCAGACGAAAGAGGUGUUAUCUACAUUUGGGGCUUUGAGGAAUCCACUGCCAAGCCGGAAGAGAUUGCACAACAUUUCGUGGAAUCGAGUGGAAACAACAAAAAGGUCAUUGAAAACCUCCAAGCGGGUUCCAAGAAUAAAAGUACCAGAUCCCGAAACCAUUUACCUAAAUCAAGUAUGAAAUCUGGAGAAGCUGCGACAGCGUCAAAUGACGCCGACAGUAUCAAGGAAAGGUUAAGUGCGUCUGCGGACAAUUUGACGGAGUCAAUCUCCCUGUCGUCACGGGGCGGUAGCAGCGGUGUUUCUGAUUAUCGUGUCAGAAACAUUCUGAACGAGUGGACAACCUUCCGGCGUUUUCUAAAUCGUGCGUCAGGAAUGUCGUGCAGGUUCAUCCUGUGGGGUCACGACGCGUGCGUCUCCAGCCUGGAGUAUGUUUAUGAUAGGGAAAGCAGUCUUCAUGCGCUGGUCAGUGCAGGGUGGGAUCGGCGAAUAGUAAUUUGGAACCUGCAGAGUGGCCAGAUUGUGGACACGUGUAAGCGCAGCAAAACGGAGCCGAAAGUACUGGAACAGCGUGAAACACCCGGUGAGUAUGAAUUAGUAGCGGAAGGCCAAAUAACCUGCAUCGCGGUGGAUGUGACGAAAAACCUCAUUGGCUAUUCCAGCCGGGAUGCGCAUAUCUAUGUGCGACAGUUUUCUUCGCAUGGACGCAAGAUGAAGUUAAUGAAACGUUGGCAUGCGCACAAUGGAGAAGUGCUGCAGAUUAAAUGGAUGCCGCUGCAGGGGAACUGGGUUAGUUCGGGGCAGGAUGGCACUGUUCGCAUAUGGUCCGGUGAUGAGUUGGGCGUACGGAUGUCCCUGGUCCAUCACAAUCAGACGGUGCAGUGCCUGGCGAUCGAUAAAGACUAUGGAUGGAUUUUGGCGGGGGUUGGCCCAGAGCUGCAUGUCCUCGAUCCCUGUUCGUUGGAUGUUCUGCGCGUCCACUCCGGUCAUCAGCAGGCCAUUACCGGCAUCGUGCAUGUCCACCAUUUAUUUGACAAUCCUUAUUAUGUGACAUCCAGCUACGAUGGCACCAUACAGAUUUGGACGGCUUACCGGAAGCCACGUUUAGAAUAUAGCGAAGUCGUCCAACCGAACGACGCCGCGGCCACCGGUCACGGUAGCCGUCAUGAGGUCUAACUGGUUGUCAAUUACUCUACGAUAACAGCAAGAAUAAUGCUCACAGUACAGUAAUAAUGACCAGCUAUCAUGAGCGAUGGCAUAUCAUGCUCUAGCUAAUUUCUCCCAUUUUCCCCAAAAUGUUGCUGUUACUCUUAAACUCACGGUUAGUUGGAUGAGCAAUUAUUUUAAGUGCAAAUGGCAAAUGCAGUAACUGUAACUAUUUAUUAUCAAUAAGAUG